UAAUCCCUUCUCCUCCCCUCCGCCCCAUCCCACCACCAGAGAACCAACAUGUCCACCACUUCUGUCUCCCUCUCUCUCACCACCCUUCUUCUCUUCCUCCUCCUCUCUCUCCGUACCCAAGCUCAGACCUCUUCAGCCCCAGCUCCAUCACCCUCUGGCCCUGUCAACCUCACCGGAAUUCUUGACAAAAAUGGCCAGUUCACCACAUUUAUUCGGCUUCUGACAUCGACCCAAGUUGCAAACCAAGUCGAAAACCAGCUCAACAGCUCCACUGAGGGCAUGACGGUUCUUGCUCCCACGGAUAAUGCUUUCAACAACCUCAAAGCCGGUGCCCUAAAUGACCUCAGUAUUCAGCAACAAGUCCAACUAGUUCUGUAUCACAUUUUACCAAAAUUCUACACUUUGAGCAAUCUUUUACUAGUUAGCAACCCAGUUAGAACUCAGGCCACCGGCCAAGACGGUGGCGUUUUUGGUCUGAACUUUACAGGCCAAGGCAACCAAGUUAAUGUGUCAAGUGGUGUUGUUGAGACUCAAAUCAACAAUGCUUUAAGGCAAAAUUUUCCUUUAGCAGUCUACCAAGUUGACAAGGUGAUGUUGCCUGAGGAGUUGUUUGGAGUCAAGGCACCAACGGCAGCUCCGGCACCACCGGCCAAGACUUCGUCUGGUGGGUCAACGAACUCAACGGUGGUGGCUUCACAGCCUGCAGCGUCCGACGACAACUCUGGUGGACAGAGUAAAAAUGUGGCGUUGGGAUUUGUUCUUGGGCUAGGAUUGGCAUGCAUGGGAGUACUUCUUGCUUAAGAAAUCUUUGUUGAACAAAGUGAUUUGCUUAUGAAUUUGAUUUCUUUCUCAAUCCUCUUCUGGGAUUUGCUGUAGAAUUCAUAUUCUUGCGUGUAAUUUUUUUUUUUUUUUUU